AUGCCUCAAUUCCCCUCCAUCUCCGUACCUCAACUCUAUUCUUCCCUCCUCACCGCCGCCCGAUCGAUACCUCGAGAUCCUCUCCGUCCAUCACUACAACUCCCCGAAACCCUCGAGACGUUGGUACAGAGGGCUUUCAAGCGACCUAUCCCCACUGUCGGAGCUUCGAACGCCGAGUCGAGCGCGAUCAAGGAGUUGUCUCAGGAGGAAGUGACCAAGCUCGGGUUCGGGAUCGGGGAUCUCACCCGGCUGGAUCGAUCGCUCAAGGCGAUGCAGGAGAUCAACCAGGAUACGGCUUUCCGAAAGUACCCCCUAUCAGCCCGAACCCUCAGCCCACCUACGGACCCACUCUACUACACCCGACUAGUCCAGGGUGUCGAGCGUGCAGGACAAGGAAAGGCGAGGAACUGGUGGAAGGUCUUCUUUCAGAGCAAGGGACAGGCUUAA